AUGUCUCCCGCCGAAUCCAGGGAAGGCCGGGUCCCCGAGUCCGUAGCUCAUGCACGGAGAAUCGCGCAUGAUUUUGACUUCCCGGCGGAGGAGGUCCGUCGCGCGACACGCCACUUUCUGAAGCAGCUUAACGAGGGGCUCCAGCGGGAUGGCACGUCAAUGUGUCAGAUUCCGUCCUUUGUGACAAACCUUCCCAAUGGCUCGGAAAAGGGCGUUUGUAUGGCCAUAGACCUCGGCGGUACCAACCUAAGGGUGUGUUCUGUCGAGCUGAACGGGGAUUCCACAUACUCUCUUACUCAGUCCAAGGCGGUGAUCCCAAGAGACCUCAUGACCGCACCAACCUACAAACAUCUCUUCAAGUUCAUCGCCUUGCAGAUCAAGACGUUUUUGGAAAAGCAUCGUCCCUCGGACUUGGAGACAUGGGCCCGCGUGCUGAAGGAGGAGAGCAUUACCGAAGAAGCGCGAAGGAAGCACUGUAAGAGUCUGGGCUUUACGUUCAGUUUCACCUUUGACCAACACGCCAUCGACAAGGGCACUCUGCUCUACUGGACAAAGUCGUUCGACAUCCCCGAUGCGGUAGGACGCGACCCCUGCGCCAUGUUGCAGGAAGCCCUCGACGAGCAGCAGUUGCCUCUGGUGGUCACCGCUCUGGCCAACGACACGGUCGGCACUCUGGCCACCCGAGCCUAUACGUCGCCGGGCCGGUCCAGCAACGUUGUCGGCGCCAUCUUCGGGACGGGAACCAAUGGCGCCUACAUGGAGCGCAUCUCGCGCAUCGCCAAGCUGCAUUCCACAAAGGCGUUCCGGGACGCUGGGCCGGGCGAGAUGAUGGCUCUCAACACGGAGUGGGGCGGCUUCGACAACAAGCUCGAGGUGCUGCCGACGACAAAGUACGAUCGCGAGCUGGACCGGGACUCGGUCAACCCCGACGAUCAGCACUUUGAGAAGAGGAUAUCCGGCAUGUACCUGGGAGAAAUACUCAGACGGAUCCUCGUCGACCUGAUCCAGACCCGGCCGAGCAUUUUCGAACUCGAGGUCUCUGGGGGCUCAUUGCUCCACGUGCCCGACAGUAUCGACAGCUCGCUCCUAUCCAUGGUGGUCAAGGACGACACUCCCGAGCUCGAGCACGCACGCGGCGAAAUAUCAAGAGUGCUGGGAGCCACUCACGUAUCGACCAACGACGCGAAAGCCAUCAAGAUCCUCUCGGAAGCAAUUGGUAGGAGAUCGGCGAGACUGUCCUCUGUCGCAAUUGCCGGGGUCGCCCUCCAGUCCGGGAUUUUCGAAGCAAAGACAAAGACGGUCGCACAACCGCUUUCACAGUGCUGGGGUCUGGGUAUCAACGUCCUGGAGCCCAUCCUGUACGGCGUCCAGACAUUUUGGAGGUUCCUGGCAAGCUGGCUCCGGGUCAAGGUCCGCAUCACCGUGCCGAAAAAGCAGUCGGCGAGCCCGGCGGGUGGCUCUGGGGAUCGAUGUAUGAGUGAGCCCGAGGGCGAGGUUGAAACCAUUGAUAUUGGCGUCGAUGGAUCUCUGGUUGAGCACUUUCCCAACUUUGAGAAGCACAUUCGAGAGGCUCUUGGAGAGAUCCCCGAGAUCGGCGACCGUGGAGACAGAAUGAUCAAGAUAGGGAUGGCCAGAGACGGCAGCGGCGUUGGGGCUGCGCUGAUAGCAUGGGCGGCGAGGUCGUAA